AUGUCACCACACGCUGUCAUUGACAAAUCGAUCCCAACGGGGACAAACAACUGGUGGAAAGAAGCCACAGUCUAUCAGGUAUACCCAGCUUCCUUCUAUGACUCGAAUGGCGACGGUUGGGGCGACAUCCCAGGUGUGGUGGAGAAGGUGCCAUACCUUCAGUCGUUAGGUGUCGAUGUUGUGUGGCUUUCCCCCAUGUACGACUCACCCAUGCACGACAUGGGAUAUGAUAUUUCCGACUAUGAGAAUGUACUCCCUGCUUAUGGAACUGUGCAAGACGUGGAGAAUCUCGUGGAGGCUUGUCAUUCGCGAGGAAUGAAACUUAUUCUCGACCUUGUCGUCAACCACACCAGCGAUCAGCAUGCUUGGUUUCAGGAAAGUCGGAGCAGCAAGGACAAUCCCAAACGAGAUUGGUAUUUCUGGCGUCCGCCACGAUAUGAUGAAUCCGGAAAUCGAAUGCCUCCCAGUAACUAUCGGGGUUAUUUCGCCGGAAGCACGUGGACUUGGGAUGAGACAACAGAAGAAUACUAUCUGCACCUCUACGCCAAAGAACAACCGGAUCUCAAUUGGGACAACAAAGCCACGCGAGAGGCUAUCUACAACAGUGCAGUGCGGUUCUGGCUGGACAAAGGCGUCGAUGGUUUCCGAGUUGACACAGUGAACAAGUACAGCAAACACACCAACUUCCCCGAUGCUCCUAUCACGGACUCAAAAAGCUACAUCCAGCCUGCCAUUGGAAUGUGGUGCAACGGACCCCGGAUUCAUGAAUUCCUGCGUGAGAUGUACGACGAAUCACUUGCUCCCUAUGGAGAUGUCGUGACCGUUGGCGAACUGGCCAAUACUCCUGACCCGAAGAAUGUCCUUGAGUAUGUGGGCGCAUCCGCCAAAGAGCUGAGUAUGGUGUUCCACUUGGACAUCGGACAUAUUGGCAUGGGACCCAGUCUGGAGGAGAAAUACAUAUUUACCCCGUGGAAGUUGACCAGAAUGAAAUCCAUUGUGGAAAAAUGGCAAUCUUUCAUUGAGGGAACCGAUGGAUGGACUACGGCUUUCUGUGAGAAUCAUGAUAAUGGCCGAUCCGUUUCCCGCUUUGGAUCCGAUGCGCCUGAGUUCCGAGAGCACUCAGCCAAAAUGCUAGCUCUGAUGAUGAUUACCAUGACCGGGACUCUUUUUAUCUACCAAGGACAGGAGAUUGGUAUGAUCAAUGCCCCUCGCGAAUGGCCAAUCGAAGAAUAUAAAGACAUCGAAGGACUAGGUUAUUACCGAGAAGCUGAGCGACGAAGUGCCAGUGGCGUUGACCCUACGCGCAAAGAUCGUAUCAUGGAUGGUCUUCGGACUUUGGCUCGCGAUCAUUCUAGACUGCCGAUGCAAUGGGACGGAUCAGUCCACGGUGGAUUCACUACCGGAAAGCCAUGGAUGCGAGCUCAUGAUCUCUACAACGAAAUCAAUGUGAAGAGCCAGGAGUGCGACUCGUCAAGUGUUUUGUCUUUCUGGAAAAAGGUCUUGCUCCUGAGAAAAGAGUACAGGGAUUUGUUCAUUCACGGCUCAUUUGAAGUCCUUGAUUACAAGAAUGAGGAGACAUUCUGCUUUGUAAAGAGAAGAGAUCAUGCACAGGCAUUAGUUGUCUUGAACUUCACUAAUAAGUCUCAACCAUUCACACAAGUGGGCAAGACUGCGGCUAUGAAGUUGCUGAUAGGCAACUAUUUUGUUGAAUCAAGGGAAACUCUUCAGCCUUUCGAAGGGAGAAUUUACAUCUGA